UGAUGCUCCCAACUGAUUGUAUAUAAAAAGCAGGUUCACAUAAAAUAUCAUACCACUUCAGUGAGGCUAUCGCUUUAAAAACAAGUGAAAAUGAAAAUCCAAAUGCUAAUAGCAGUUCUCUUCGCUGUACUUGCGCUGGUUAAAGGCGUACCAGUGCCUGGUGGCGGCGGUGGCGGCGGCGGUGGUGGUGGUGGUCGUGGUUGCAAUUGUGAACGCGGUGGCGGUGGUGGAGGAGGUGGCGGCGGCGGUGGCGGCUGGGGUAAUGGCCCCGGUGGCCCAGGCGGUCCUGGUGCCCCGGAUUGUGUGCGCCCGUCGUGGAUGCCACCUUGCCCGCCAUAAAUCAAUGAAAUUUUCAUAGGCAUCAUACCAAAUUCAUUAGCUCAAUCCUACCUCUGCAUCAGACUAAAUUAUACACAAAUGGAAUAUAAGAUCCUUGAACCUGUAUAUGUAUUUA